AUGGGCCAGGGCUAUUCCCUUACCACGCUUUCCGCUGGCUCUGCGGGCAUUGACGUCCCAGAGCUCGCGGACCUCGUAUACGAAAAGUCCUUGGGAACCGCCAGGUUCAUGAAGAGCAUUCGUGCUAGGCACAGAAAUGGUCUCGUUUUCGUUAAAGUGAUAAUGAAACCGUAUCCGAGCAUGAAAUUGGACCCUUAUGUCAAGGCCCUUCUACAUGAACGAGAUAUACUGGAGGAUGUUCCUAAUGCCCUGGGGUAUCAGCGGAUACUUGAGACCGGGACUGGUGGUUAUCUAGUUCGUCAAUAUAUCCACAGUUCACUAUACGAUCGUAUGAGGUACUCAGCGGAGGAAUGCCUCAAUAUCUGGCGCCACAAGGCAUUUCCCGAAUAUUUUUACAGUUUUCUUCACCAAUACAUGGGACUCAUUACUGACCCUUCGUCUGGUCGUGCCCGGCUUGAGCUUAGUCCCGGUGAUCUGCGAGAAGCUGAUGAACGAAUUAACAAAACCUUUUUGGAUUUUGACAAGAUAUCUUAUUUUCUUGGCGUUGAUGUCAAACCUACUAUUGAUGGAUCAAAUCUUACUCUUCCAACACUUAACUAUCCUAUUUUCCCCCAUCAACUUGAUUUGCCAAACCAUGGCAAUCAACCUCUAACGCCUCAGUCAGAUUCGAACGAUGGAACACUGAUAUUUCUCACACUUGUUGUUUCAAGUCUCCGAAAUACUGCCAAGGCCUCCGCUAGAGUGAAAGCCUGUGAUAUCCUGUUAGCUUUCGCUGAACGGGUUCCUGACGAAGCGAAGCUCGACAGGAUUUUGCCUUUUGUGAUGUUUUUACUUACGGAUCGCUCAGAUUUGGUCAAAGUGGCUGCUAUUCGGACGCUGACCCAACUUCUAGCGAUGGUCCGGGUAGUUUCUCCAGUUAAUGCUUACAUCUUCCCGGAGUAUAUCUUUCCCCGCUUACAGCCCUUUAUACCUGGUCCCAAUUCAAAUCCUAGCCCGAUUGUUAGGGCGGCAUAUGCAUCCUGCAUCGCUUCACUUGCACAAACUUCCCUUCGGGUGCUAGAUAUGAUUCAGGCUUUGCGCUCAGAUAUACGCCUUGGGUCGCUUGUUCCUGAAAGCACAGAAAAAGGUUGGACCGAAGAUGUAUCUUAUCAUAAUCUCUAUGAUGUUGCUCGAAUUGAUCUCUUAGAAUUCUUCGAAACUCAUACGAAAGCUCUACUUACAGACAAUGAUGUUUCUGUUCGUCGUGCCUUCCUCGGAUCAGUCUCCAGUCUUUGUGUUUUCUUCGGCAAUCCGAAGGCAAAUGAGGUGAUUCUCAGUCACCUGAAUACGUAUUUAAAUGAUAAAGAUUGGAUACUCAAGUGUGCUUUUUUUGAGGCAGUGGUUGGAGUCGCAACUUAUGUAGGAAGCACAAGUUUGGAAGAGUUUAUCUUACCUCUCAUGGUCCAAUCUAUGACUGAUCCAGAAGAGUUCGUCGUGGAGAGAGUUCUUCGCUCUCUUGCUCGUAUGGCCAAACUGGGGCUAUUUCAGCGAUCAACGACGUGGGACCUCCUACAUAUUGCAGUACGAUUUUUUAUCCACCCUAGCAUAUGGAUACGCGAAGCGGCUGUCCAUUUUGUUGUCACUUCAACAACAUUCCUUUCUCCGGCCGAUACGUACUCCAUUAUAACACCUCUUGUUCGUCCCUUUCUCAAAAAUAACACAACAAACAUCUCUGAAGCUCAGCUGUUGGACGCACUGAAAAAGCCACUCUCCAAGAGCGUAUACGAUAUGUUAUUGAUAUGGGUAACUAAAUCAGAGAAAGGUGUCUUUUGGAAGGCCGGUACUCGAGACGGGACGUUUGAUCUAGGUAGCCCACUUUCGCCUGAAUCGUUGUCACCGACCCCUCCAGUUGGAUCACAGGAUUCUUCAAGAUCCCCAUCAGAUGUGGAGCACAGGGAUGUCACUCAUCGACACCGAUCAGAACCUCCAUCGGCACGCGAUCGUUCAUUGAAGCGCAUCGAUCCUGACAACCUUUCGGUAACCCUCCCAGGCGGUGAAGUCUAUCGCCGGCCUUCGGCUAUAAACCUUCUCAACCGUAAUGAAACCGCAAAAGCGUAUGCCGAAACUUCCACCACGUCAACAAACGCAUUCGGAAAAGUAGACGCUCCCUUCCAAAGAGAACAACACUUGCCGUCACCGCUUUCGAUGGCGCAUCACUCGAACCUUCCAGCAAAAGUACCGCAACAAAAUCGCACAAACCACACAUAUCGCGGCAACGACCCGACAAUACUAAAGCUUCUAGACGCAGUAUUUGCUGAGAAUUACCCUAUAGACUUAUAUGAUUUUGGACCGACAGUUUCUCCAGUCAGCGCUCAUCAUCCUAUCAAGAAGGCCAGUUUCCAGUCGCCAGACAAGCCUUGGAGGCCCCAAGGAAAUCUGGUUGCAGUGUUCGGUGAGCAUAGCGGAUCCAUCAACCGCGUUGUCGUUGCUCCAGAUCACACAUUUUUCGUCACAGCGUCAGACGAUGGCACGCUGAAAAUAUGGGAUACCACAAGACUGGAAAAAAAUGUAACUCCACGUUCCCGACAAACCCACCGUCACAACAGUGGUGCGAAAGUAAAAUGCGUUACCUUCAUUGAAAACACUCAUACCUUUGUCUCCGCAGCUACGGAUGGGAGUAUUCAUGCCGUUAGGAUCGAUUAUCGUAAUAUCAAUGAUGCUGUUCGCUACGGCAAACCGCAAGUCGUCCGCGAAUAUAACCUCUCUUACCUUUCAAAUAUUGUUGGCGAAUACGCCGUUUGGAUGGAACAUUAUCGAUCUGAGGCCCAUUCAAUCCUUCUUAUUGCCACAACCAAGUGUCGAAUUUACGCACUAGAUCUAAAAACGAUGACCUUGUUGUACACCCUGGAAAAUGCAAUCCAUCAUGGAACGCCCACGACAUUCUGUUUGGACAGGAAGCAUAACUGGCUCCUUCUCGGUACAUCGCAUGGUAUCCUUGACCUCUGGGAUCUUCGGUUUCGCUUACGAGUGAAAUCAUGGGGCCUUCCCGCUGGAACCCCUAUUCAUAGGUUACUUAUACACCCGCUUAAAGGACGAGGGAGGUGGGUAUGCGUAGUGGGAGGCAGCAACAACGAUUCUGAAAUUAUGGUAUGGGAUAUUGAUAAGGUUCAAUGCAGAGAGGUUUACCGGACAUCGUCGGCACCCGCCAAUAAGGCUAAUGCAGCUGACGACGUUCCCAACUCCAGCAUACCGAAAAAUAUCCAUCUGGCAGCAGAUACUAGCUGGAAGAACUAUGAACCUUGGCGUGUUGAUGAAGAUCGCCCCGAAGGUAUGCUCGGGCGAUUUGCUGGCAAUCCUACGUCGGCUGCUGGCGUUGAGCCAAGUGCUGGGAAUGGGGCCAUCUUCUCUUCAUCUGGCAGCAGCGACUACGGUGGCAUUCGGGCCAUUGCAGUUGGUCUUGACGUACCUGAGAAUAGCCAGGAAGGAUCUAAAUGCGGAUUCUUAAUAUCUGGUGGAUCGGAUAGGAAAGUUCGCUUCUGGGAUACCACACAUCCGGAUGCUUCAAUGAUAAUUAGUGGAUUGGGAGUAGUGCCUGACGGGAUCGCCCAGAAACCACGAUACGACACAACACACCCUACCCCUUCAUUAUCCAUCACCACUGAGUGGGUGCCGAUGACUGCAACUUCUCCUAAUGGCGGUGGCAAAGGGCAGGGCUCUACAAAAAAGCGUGGGGACAGGGCUUCGGGUGCUGGACCCACUGCUUCCAGCCGUCCUCCCCGAAGUACAGUAAUCAGCCUACAACAGCAACAACUUUUGAAAAGUCAUCUUGACUCCAUUCUUGAUGUAGCCCUCUUGGAAGUUCCGUAUGGGAUGGCUAUCAGCGUCGAUCGCGGGGGAAUGGUAUACGUAUUUCAGUAG